GCCGAACGCCGGGACACUGAUGGGCAAGGCUAGCUUCGGGUAACUAAGGCGGGGCCUCUGGGCCAAGUGAGGGGCAGGAUGGGAAACAGUUCCCAGAGUCAGUGCCGCCCGCGCCCGCAAGGUUGGAUGAGGCCUUCAACCGUUGUUCUGUCGUGAUCGGUCCGAUCCACCAGGUUGCUUGCCAGCCCACGGUCCUACACUCCAGAGCAACGGAUUUCAGGCUCUUCGGAAGAAACCAUUGAGCGCAUCGGCAUUGUCUAUCUCGAGUCAACCCUCCGAUCCGCCGUCACUGCAGCUCAUCGCCCACGCUACACGAGUGCACAGCGGCCAAGAUGUCUCCGUUCACGGUAUCCAAAAUCCUGGUCUUCGGCGGAACGGGCACUAUCGGGCGAUACAUCACCUCAGCCCUGCUUCGUGCCAAGCCCUCGUUCCAACAGAUCGUCCUCUUCACCUCGCCCAACGGCGCCAAGGAAAAGGCCCAGCAGCUGGAGCGAUGGAAGGCGCAAGGCCUCUCGGUGAUCGUGGGCGACCUGACAUCCGAGGCCGACGUCACUGCUGCCUACUCGGGCGUCGACACGGUCAUCUCAGCCGUGGGACGCGGCGGGCUCCAGCACCAGAUCGAGCUCCUACGGCUGGCCGAGGCGUCGGAGAGCGUCAAGUGGUUCUUGCCGUCAGAGUUCGGCACGGAUAUUGAACAUAACGACAAGAGCCCGAACGAGCGCCCGCACCAGCUCAAACUGCAGGUGCGCAAGUACAUCCGCGAGAACCUGAAGCGGGUCCAGGUCACGUACGUCGUGACGGGGCCCUACUUCGACAUGUGGGUGGACGCUGCUCCCGGGUACGAGAUCGUUGGCGGGUUCUUCCCCGAGAAGAAGCAGGCGUAUGUGGCCGAAGACGGCAAUGGCAAAAUUGGGUUUUGCACAAUGUCGGACGUCGGUAAAUUCGUCGUCGCCACGCUCAAGUCCCCCGAGGUGUCCUUCGGCAAGGCGCUCAAAGUGCAGAGCUUUGUCGUCACGCCGAACGAGGUCCUGGCCGAGUACGAGCGGCAGACAGGCUCCAAAUGGGCGGUCACUAGGACACCGCUCGACGAGAUCAGGGCCUUCGAGGCCAAGAAAUGGGAGGAGGGCGACCCCCGGGCGACGAUUGCCACGCUGAGGCGCAUCUGGGCCGAGGGCGGCACAUUGUAUGCCCAGAACGACAACGAUGUGCUUGCCCCGAAGCUCGAGGCUUUGGACUCGCUCGAAGAUGCGGUCAAGAAAGCACUGGCGGGAGGCUACAAGAAAGACACAUUUUAGUUGCCUUGUACAGGAGUAAACACGCAUUGCCGCUCGAGUACACACCUCAGUUAGGGGAAGUGACAUGCGUUUAGUGAGAUAUGCGUUAAUCAGGCGGGGCUGUCCCGUUAGUUACUGUACAUGGACAGUACUCCGGACUUGCG